AUGGACAAUUGGGUUAGGAUCUGCAAUUUUUGGCAAACUGAUGAGUGCAAAGAAAGGAGUUUGCGGAAUAAAAUAAAUCAAGCUUAUAAUUCUGGAGACUCACGUGCAAUAUAUGCAGGAGGAUCUAUAAAUACCGAGGAGCAUUCACGUAGAUUGUCUAGGGAUUUGGGAAAAGAGCCCGAUUUUAUAGACACUUUCGUCCGCACUUUUCAAAAAAAAGACAAGACUUGGAGUGGAGAUAGAGCUAGAAUAAUUAAGGAGAGAUAUGAUGAGCUAUCAUUAUCUCAAAGAAGUUCAGGUGAUGGUGAUAAUAUUGAGGGAUCUGAGCCGUCUGUUACUAAUAAUUUAGAUUUAUGGUUAGAGGCCAGUGGGGGAGUCAAAGGGGGAAGGAUAAUAGGUAUGGGUUCUAUGAGUAGAAUUCAUAAUGUUCCUCGAAGAUCUUUAUCUUCUUCUACCCCACCCGCAGUAACGGCACAGAUUCAUAGCUUAACUGAAGAGGUUGACAAUUUGAAAGGCAUAAUAUCUCAAAGGGAUCAGCAAAUUUUAGAAAUUCAAAAAUAA